AUGAUCUACCGUGUCACGGUUCCGCCACACAAAGGCCAUGUUCCCGACUCGUCCGAGUACCUCCUUCGCGCUCGACUCUUGGCUCCGGCUCAGCUUUGGCUUGAGUCUGAGGUUACUUCCAAGGGUGAGUCUUUCAUGGAACACGCUACUAGAAAAAAAAAAAAAAAGCAACUAUCAGAAGAAGAGCCGAAGACUAUGAGUAGACUUUGUAUCACUAACAUUAACAUCAGACGUCACAUCAAUUCACUUGACGCUGACUCAUUGACUUCUUCGUUUGUGUGAGUUGUGCACAGGAUUUUCUCGCGUCUCGAGGUCGAGACUUCGGCUGACACAACCUCGGCGACUUUUUACCUUCUUCUUUUUGCGAAUUCUUAGAUCUACUACCCCACGUCUUUCGGAGAGGACGAGCAGGAGGGGGAAGACCCCACCUCUCUCGAGACAAGCUACAUCGGGACUCAAUCCCACCGACUGGGGGAUGGUCUCGAUUUGCGAUAGUCCGGACUUCAUUUGCCACAUGUUUCCGUGCAAGCACAUGUGGCUUGCCGGCACGUGGAUAUUUGCACUAGCGAGCAGGCUCCUCUCGCAUCUCAAGAUGAUCUCAAGCAUCGUCUCAAGUGUCUGAGGUCUCGCCCUCGCUGGCUGCCGCUCAAUUGUCGCUCCAUCCACCCCUUCACUGCAAGCGAUAGCCAGCGACACUGCCGAACUCGAAGACUGCAUCCAACUCUACCAACGGCUCGCUGAUGGAUCCGGACGAGUACACGCAAGGUUACUUCGGACUUGGCAAGAGUUGGAGGCUGGUGAAUGGCAAUGCGAUCCUCUCACGCGGCUGCCGGACGCCCGGGAUGGCCGAGCAAGUUUGGGGCAGGCAAGUCAGUGA